AUGGGUGAGAGUGCCACAGUCGAUCUUGAUGCAGGUGACGAGCCAAGUAGCACAUUUACAAACCGACAACUAUGUGAAAGUCGGGAUAGAUUUUUGCUUAAUAGCAUCCUAAUAUUUGUUCUUCGAAAGGGGUAUACAGGAAUUUUAAAAGAAGUUAUUCAGCUUUACGGUCAAUUAUGUCUUAAACCACCACCUUUUUGUGUAUGGUGUUGUGCAACGGUGUUAUUUUCUAAAACUUUAAAUGAAAAUUUGAUUGAGACCGAUUCUAACAAUUGCAAUUUAUCUACUAAUUAUCAAGAUCAAUUAGAGACUUUAAUUACAGUGGGAAAUAAUUUAUUUUCUAAAUUAAAUGAUUCAUCGCCGUAUAAACCAUACCUUAACACUUAUUUAAAGGAGGCUAGACGUGUUAUUAUGCAUCUAUACUUGGAAUCAUCUGCACCAACAAGUAAUUAUACUCUGUGUUUUUCCAAAUUAAAUCAACACUAUUCUCAAUCAGAUCUAACUGAUGAAGUACACAACUUCCGAUUACGAUUUUUAACACUAUUCGUAUCUGAGGACAAAGUGAAUUGUUAUUUAAAUGAAAGAUGGUUCCCGGCUAGAUUUAAUGUUUUUAAAAAAUUACAACAAUUAGCAUUUGAUAUUGUUAAACAUUUACCUGAAGUAUUAUUCGACAAAGUUGGAUCAAGUGAAUGGGUAUAUAAUGAUGCAAUACUAUUAGAAUUAAAUACACUUUUAGCUUUAAUUAUACGUCAACAAUUAAUUCGUAAAUCUACAUGUACAGAAGAAGAUUUAUUUGAACUUAUUCAUACUUAUAAUUCUCAAUCAUGUCCAUCUCAGUUACUUUAA